AUCCUUUGGGCUCUGGUGAGAGUCAGUCGUUGUCUUGUCACGCUCGAAUCGAAACGUCUCAGUAAUUCAUGUCGAUAGUGUUGUGAUUCUGUGCGAUAUCAUACGUUAUUAUUUGUUAUUUUGAAGUUUUUUUUUUUGUCUGUUUGGAACAUAAAGCGAUAAGAAUGGGAGAAGACAGACACGAGAGCAAGGAACCAAAAGCUGAAGAAACGCAAGGCGAAGAAGAAAAUAGAAGUACAGGCACUGACGCAGACACAAAUAUACCAAAUACAGACACAAACACACAAAAACAGACGGACAAUAAAAGGAAUGAUAAGGAAAAAUCCAACUAUGUACAGAAUAUAAUGCACUCCGGUCUAUCGUUGCAUAGUAACAAUAUUAAAGACGAAAUGUUAUUGCCUGAUUCAAAGACAGUGGCCAGAUUCUCUCCAAUAUGGAAACAGAGCCUCGCGUCCAUGGCAGCCAUUUUCCUCACCUUCACAUCAGGUCUGACUUCAGGCUACUCAGCAAUUCUUCUCCCGCAGCUCAAGGACUCCGGCAGUUCCAUACCGACCGAUGAAAGCACCGCCUCUUGGAUUGCGGCAAUGGCUGCGCUACCAAUGGCCCCGGGCUGUCUCAUUUCUGGCUGGCUUAUGGAGAAAUUCGGAAGGCGCAACGCACAUUUCAUAGUCAGCGGCCCUUUCCUUCUUGGCUGGAUACUCAUCGCGUGCUCUAAUAACCUAGCCCUUAUGCUGCUAGGAAGAUUUUUUACCGGCCUUUGCGUUGGUUUACUAGGACCCCUCGCGCCUGUGUUCAUCAGUGAAACCACAGACCCAAAAUAUAGAGGCAUCUUCCUGGCGGGGAUAUCGCUAGCAAUUGCUGUGGGCAUUUUCGUAUCCCAUCUCAUUGGUACUUGGGUGCAUUGGCAAUGGACGGCUUUAAUCUGCUGCAUAUUCCCAGUAAUAUCAGUAAUUUUACUAACCAUGGUCCCAGAAAGCCCUACGUGGUUGAUUGCCAAGGGGGAAAUAGAAGAUGGCGUGAAAGCAUUCGGAUGGUUGAGAGGUUACAGCAAAGAGGCGAAAGCCGAACUGAAAGCGAUUUUGGAGAAGAAGAAGGCAGAAGAAUGCAAGCCGGUUAUGAGUUUGCAGCAGAAAAUCAUUAGCCUUAAGAGUCCGGAGUUAUUAAAACCACUCAUGAUUAUGAUUAUGUUCUUUGUGACUUGCCAGUUCUCUGGCGUGAACGCUAUUGCAUUUUACUCAAUAGAAAUAAUCGAAAAAGCAGUGGGUAAGGGAAUAGAUCAUUAUUUAGCCAUGUUAGUGAUCGAUACACUCCGGACAGUGAUGUCCGUCGUUGCUUGCAUCAUUUGUAAGAAAUAUGGACGCAGACCAUUGACGAUGAUAAGCGGAAUAUUCACAGCGUUAUCAAUGGUCGGUCUAUCAAUGUAUCUGUAUUUCACGGACGGCAAACAAACUAAUAUGACGUGGCUGCCAUUGACGUGUUUGAUGGCGUACAUUUGCGCGAUAUCCAUUGGUCUAGUACCGAUUCCUUGGAUGAUGUGUGGAGAGUUGUUCCCCACAAAAGUGAGAGGCUUAGGCUCGGGAAUCAGUUCUGCGACGACGUUCGUAGCUUUCUUUGUUGUUGUUAAGACUGCUCCGGGCAUGAUGUCUAAUUUCGGUGAAGUUAUUACAUUCCUCUCGUACGGUCUGAUAGCACUAUUAGGAACUGGCGUGUUGUACUUUAUUUUACCAGAAACAAAAGGCAAAAGCUUACAGGAAAUCGAAGAUAAGUUCAAGAAACCAAAAGAAAGUAUAGCGUAAAUAUUGUUUAGUUAAAGAUGCUCAAAGCGCGAUUAAUUUAAAUAUCUGUGAUAUUAUUAUGUUUAGACAAAU